ACCCACAACUGCACUUUCAUCGAGGCACUUCUCAAUUCAGCUCGACCAACUCGCCCAGCGCACAUUAUUUCCCUUCCUCGCUCAUCGAUCCACCCGAUCAAUCGUCCAUCUCCUGCGUCUGCCCUGCGUCUUCAACCGUCUCAGCAUCGGUUGUGUAUCUACUGUUCCUGCUUGCCCCUCUUCCUGAGAACCUAGGUGAAGCGCAAGCUUCAAACACACCAGACGACCGCAGCACCAGCAGCAGCAAUCGAAACUCACGACUCCUCUCCAACAGGUCCAAAUCCAUCUUCUGAGGCCUGCGCCAUCGACCCGACCCGUCUCAGUGACCACGCGCGCUGAACUGGUUCCAAGACAGCCCACCCAAGCCCGCUGAUCCCCUUUCUGGUCCGGCCUUGUCUCGCUCCCUCUCCCUGCGCACACCACUUCUACUCCCUUUUGUCCCUCGCUGUCCCCUCCUCAAUCAUUCAUUGUUCCUGCAAGCUUCGUUCUCUUGCACCUUGCCCUGAGCAUCAACCCUCGAGGCAAUAACAAACAAACCAUUGCCGACUCUAUCGUGUCACUGUCUCCCCUUGGACAUCAGCACACCUCCUUUUAUCGGUGAAGGGAGCCGGUAUCCUCAUCGCUUCUUGGUGGCAACGCCCUCAACAGCAAUCGAUUGCCCCUCAAAAGCGAGUCCAUUCGACCUGGUGUCAUCGUCUCUUCAUCCGCUACAACUUGUUAUCGCUUCGCAAAUCAAAAUUACAAGACGUGCCCCCACCACGAUCGCCAUGGCUACUCUCUCCCGCCAGCCAUUUGCACCUCUCGACGGAGCCCGACUCCAGAACUUGGGUAGUCUGAAGAACCGCCAGAAUGCUCUUCCACAAGCUUCGGGCGCCAAGCGCAAGGCCGCUGAUGUGGUCGAGAACGACGACUCUGAAAACAUCGACCCCUCCCUCUUCUCUAAACGUUCCAAGGCUUCCAGCAUCUCGUACCCUGCCAAAGAUCUUCUUAAGCCUACUGCCUACAUCCUGAAAGCUUCCACGCCUCUGAACCAGAGCUCGACCUUCCGCAGCUCCACCAAGGCCACCCCUUUGGCGUCUACCCGUGCUCGUGCUCUGCUCCAGCCCAAGUCUCCAGCCGCAAAACUCAACACGGCCAUCGCCAAGUCCUCUCCCUUCUCCGCACCGGCUGGUCGCUCUCCGACGCGCAGCAAGCGCAGUGGCAUUUUGUCUAGCCGACGUCGGACUGCUGGUCCUUACACCCGUGUGGACCCGCCCCUCUUCAACCUCUCCGCCGCUGCUCCCUUCAGCCUCGAUGCUGCCCUCAAGGGCACCAUUCCCAGCUACGCCGCGCGCUCGCCCAUUUCUGCGCAAUCUCUGACCACACCCGUCGUCGUAUCGCCCAGGGCCACGGUUACCAAAGAUCUUCUCGAGCCUGACAUGAAGGCAUCAUGGUUCUUCGAUAUUCACGAAGAUACCCCUGAGCAGGAGAUGACCAACAUGCUACAGCAUGGAACUUGUGUGCUCGACAUUAGUUCCGAUGAAGAGAGCGAGGUCAAGGCCACUCGCGAGCGCGCAGAAGGCCGCGACAAGGAGAACGUGCCCCCGGCCGACGAUGUCAGUCAGACGACAGCACGCCAGAGCCGCAGCCAAGAAGAUGAUAUGGUCAUUGAGAAGCAGAGGACAGCGCUCGGCGAGAUGGAUGCUGCUGCAUUUUAUGCUUUGGGUUGUGAUGAGAGCUCGGUCAUAUUUGUUCCCGCGGAUGAUGAGCAAGAGGCCUCGGUACGAGGCCCUAGCACAUUCGAGUUAUCUACGGAGCCGAAAGUCGAGUCAACGCAGCCUGUCGUCGAGAUUUCAAAUGAAGUUGACGAAUUGAUGGAGAAGACGGGUACUCUUGCUGCCAAGGCAGCUGUGCUUCAGCCAGUAGAGGGCACUGGCGAGAGCUUUGAGGUUUGGGAGAGCGACAGCACGAAGGGCGACGACGUGGAAGCGGCGACGACAGGGAACUAA